AUGCUCAACCCACAUACAUCGUCGACACUUCUCUCCUCCUCGGGAGCAGCAUCACUAAGAGGAGCAAAUCAAAAAUCAUCGUUAAUGCUUUCAAAGGGUGCAAUAGAUAAACAUUUAGAUGAUAGAAAGGGCUUGUAUUGGAAUACAUUUAUUAAAUAUUUACAAGCUAAAUUAUCAAAAACUGAAUGGGACCAUUUCAUUAAAAUUACUUUUGGAUAUGAAUUUAUUGCACUCCAUAAUUACUUUAUUAAGAGCUUACUGUGCAAUGCCAAGAUUUCGACAUUCCAUCAUUUGAAUGGAACUAGCUCAACAGAUGGAGCUAAACGUAAAAAUAGAGGAAUUAAUAAUAUGAUGAUGCUAAUGGAAAAGGAAUUACUACACUUGUCGAGCCAAAAUUUGAUAUUUGAUAAUUUAUGUUUACACACUUCAACAUCUUAUAACCCUUCCAAAUCUGUAAAUUUAUCUAAUGAAAAACACUAUACAAAAGAUUUAUUCGAAAGUAAAAUGAAUAAGAUUGCGAAUGAUUUGGGCGUAAUGAAUGUUGAUGGUGAAAGUAUCAACUUGUUAUAUUAUGCCACAGAGUACUAUUUGAAAAAUUUAAUAACAAAAUGUCUGCAACAAAAAAAGCAAAAAUAUGAAAAUUACAAAAAACCUCAGAUAGGAUCCUAUUUAGUGAAAGAUGGAAAAUAUACACACAGUUAUAGACACUAUGAACUGCCUCUGCCAGAAGAAGAGGAAGAAGAAGAGUUCAGCACCAAUGCCAUCCAUGAAAUUGAUAAGCAUGUCAUUACCCCUAGAGAUUUCUCAUUGACAAUACAAGCCAGUCCAAACUUGAUAGACGACAUCAAACUAAGGGAAAAAGCUAUCAAUAUGGAUUGGGAUUUGUAUUAUUAA